UCAAUAUUGGAUAUAUUGGAUUGGAACACAACUUUAAGCUACACGUUACUGGUUGUCAAAAUUAUGGAUGUUAAAUGAAAGUUAUGCAAUCACUUCAGAUCUUUAUCACAAACACACCCCAUUCUGUUAGAAGCUCAUGCAAAUAUUUUCUAGUUGUAUCCAGUGUGGGAUUUAUUUUUUGGAGUGUGUUAACUAAGGCUCUGAGCCUAUAUCUCAGAAGAACACAACUCAAUAGGAAGAAAACACGCAUCUCAACAAAUGUAGAAAAGAUUAGACAGCAUUUAGCAAAUUUACCAAAACAAGUGGAUACUGUGGACAAAGACUUAUCAGAAAUAUGCGAAGAAAUUCAAAAGGACAAUGUAACUCCGGUUGAGCUGUUGCACGCAUUUCAAGCAAAAGCCUUGGAAUUAUUUGAUGACGGAAAUUCAGGUAUUGCUGAUUUUAUUGGAGAAGCAGAAGAACAUGCCAUUAGCCUCGAGAAGUUAGAGAAUAAGAAACUAAGAUCGCCACUACACGGGAUUCCAGUCAGCAUAAAGGAGACAUGUUCUGUUUCUGGAUAUGACUGUACAGCUGGUGUAAUAAAGUUAUGUAAUCAAGCUUGCCGAAGGAAUUCCGUUAUAGUCAAAGCUUUGAAGAAGGCUGGUGCGGUUCCUUUUGUGACAACCGUAACUUCUCAGCUUUGUAGUUCUCUAGAUGGUUUUAACCCUGUAUAUGGUGAAGUGAGUCAUCCAUUUGUUAAAUCUCGCCUUCCUGGAGGAAGUUCUUCUGGGGAGGGUGUACUACUGGCUCUUCAUGGUUCUCCCAUUGGUAUAGGGACAGAUCUUGCUGGAAGUAUCAGAAUACCUGCUGCCUUCUGUGGCUUAGCUGGCUUGAAACCCUCAACAGUUAGAUUGAGCAUUUCAGGCAUAGUGCCGAGUUCGUCUGUAAUUUUUUUGAGAUCAUGUGUUGGACCAAUGGGCAGAAAAGUAGAAGAUCUAGUCCGUGUGAUGCGUACAUUGUUGUCUCCUGCAAUGUUUAACUUAGACUCGUAUGUAAUACCUAUGUCAUUUGAUGAGGAAAUGUAUUCAGGAACCUGCAAACACAAUUUAGUCAUUGGCUAUUAUACUAGUCUAACUGAUCCAAAUAUCAUUCCAGUUUUGAAAGUGAAUCAAAUGGCUGUCAAAAAAGCAGUUACAGCUUUAAAGAAAAUAGGUCACCGAGUCGUAGAGUUUACUGUUCCUCAUCCCUACCAAGCUUAUAUUUUGGGACUACGUGCUUUAUUUGCAGAUGGUGGGGAAACAAUUCGAAAACAACUUUAUGGUGAGCCUGUUGGACCUCAUUUAUAUUUCCUUAAUCUUCUACUCCGCUUUCCGAACUUUCUGAGGCCUCUAGCGGACAUCGUUUCCAGGCUAGCAUAUGGAAAACCAUCGGCGAUUGCGCAUGCUACACAGAAAUUGAAAACUGGUCGAGAGGCCAUUGAUCUAAUCACUGAAAUAAACACUUACCGAUAUGGGUUCUUCAAAGCUUGGUCUGAUGCUGGUCCGUUAGAUGCCCUUAUCUGCCCUGCUACUCCAUAUCCUGCCCCUCCAAAAGAUGUAUCAUCAGUCUAUGUCACUCCUUCGAUUGCAUACACCAUUUUAUAUAAUCUGUUGGAUUGUCCUGCAGGGACAGUACCUGUAGGUAGUGUUACUAAGAUUGAUAUUCAAGAAUCGCUAAAAAUGGCACAGUCAUUCUCUUUUGAGGGUAACAAAUAUGCAUCAAAAGUGUUCAGUUUAUUGGAAGGUGCUGAAGGUCUCCCACUUGCUGUUCAAGUUGUCGGUAAACCAUAUCAUGAAGAAAUCGUUCUCCGAGUGAUGCGUGAACUAGAAGAACAUGUUGACAAAGUUGUAUUGUGAUAAUCGAUAUAAACUAUGGCUUCUUUUGUUCAUUCUUUUCUAUCAAGAAUUUUAAUAAUCUCAAAAACACUUUCAUAAUACACUUUUUAUAUAGUUUUAUUCAUAUCAUGUUUUGUGUUAAGAAUUUUGGAAUGUUUUUAAUAUAUAUUCGAUGGCUUCAUCGAAAAAGUCAUCUUAUUUCUGAACUUUUAAAAUCCUAUCUAAUUGUUCUACUGACUAAGAUUUUACGAAAUAAUUUAAUUGGUUUAUAUUUGUAGAACUCUGUAUUUCAUGCGUGGAUUUCGAAUUCAGAAAUACUUAUUGUUGUCGGCCUUCACAACUCAUUACAAAACCAACUUUAAGAUUGCUGAAAUAUGCCUAUCUGUUUAAGCACCUCAGCCGCCUGCUUUCUACAACCUACAACAUUUUUGUUAUUAA